AUGGCGAAGAUUGGGAAGCUGAAUAAUUGCUUGACAAUCUGUGAUGUGUUAGAUAGUAUGACCUGGAUUCCAAUGGAGGUAUCGGUGGCUCUAGGACUUUUGGUGUCUGAAUUGAUGUAUCGUUCUGUCUACCCACCCGGGCAUCCCUCUCUUGGGACAGGUCGAAGCUUUUUCAAUUGUGGUAUGGAAAAGUUAAUAUAUUCAGCGAAAGUCCCGAGCUUCAGACUGUCGAGGGUUCUAACUGAAGGAGAAGACAAAGUUUGUGAGGUCGGGAAGAAGGUGUUUGACUUGCUACUUCAUGUGGCGGUGGAUGGGAAAUUGAACCCGGUUCCGAUGAUCAAGAGAUUGUUCAUUUUUCAGUGA